AUGCCCGGAUUGAACCUCCAGGGCGCCUCUGCCACCGUCACAGGCGCAGGCUCCGGCAUCAACUUGGCCUUUGCACGGGCUCUUUUUGAGAAAGGCUGCAAUGUCCUGAUUGCAGAUAUCAGCCUUCGACCCGAGGCACAAGCAUUUGUCGACUCGGCCGCGCAGAAAGGCGGGCCCAAGGUCGUCUUCCAGCAGACAGAUGUCACGGACUGGGCCCAGCUCGAAAGAACGUUCGAAGUCGCCAAGAAGGAGUUUGGCACCGUGCCUGACCUAGUGUGUCCCGGGGCUGGGAUCUACGAGCCUCCGACCUCCGGCUUCUGGGGCGAUGUGGAUUCACCAUCCCACUACAAAUUGUUCGACAUCAACAUUGUUCAUCCCAUCAAAAUGACGCGAAUGGCCAUUCGACACCUGCUGCGUGCCAAGAAGGUAGGCACCGUCGUCUGCAUUGCCAGCGUCGCCGCGGAAACCGUCAGUGUCACUACGCCCUUAUACCAAGCAUCGAAGCAUGCUGUUGGCAGCUUUGUCAUGGGGAUGGGUGCUGCAGAGAAGAUCUGCGGCGUCCGCGUCGUCGGAGUCGCUCCCGGGACCAUCGCAACGCCUCUCCUCCUGGAAGAUCCCGGCGUCGCUGGCUGGGUCGACCCAACCAAGGACAAGAUGCUCGACCCCAGCGUCAUCGCCGACGCCAUGAUCGCUCUGGCCGAGAAUCCCAACGACCGGUAUCCCCCGGGCACGCUCUUGGAGGUGAUUGACGAGGGCCAAGACACAUGGCGCAGCAUUCCCGUCUUCAACAACCCCGGGCCCCCGAGGUUGAACUUGGUCAGCAACAAGGAAAGCCUCGCACUGGAGACGAUCCAGAAGAUUUUGAAGCAGGAAGCUGAGUGA